AUGUUUGACACCCCCGCCGCUCACCAUGCUUGGCGACCCCUCCGGGUUUUCCACCUCGACCGUCUUCGUCGCCUCUGCGGCCGGUUCCAGCUGCCUCUGGUGCUGCUGGGGGCGGUGUUGCUCGGGGUCCUGCGUCUGGGGGUGCGGAGACUGGGGGUGCUGGGCCAGAGGGUACCGGGUCCGGAGGUGCUGUCUUGGCUGGUGUUCCUCUGGGUCUUCCUCUUUCUGCUGCUCGAGCUGCUGGAGCUAGUGGUCGUGGAGACGCUGGGAGCACUGGUGUUUCUGGUUCUGGACGUGCUCGUACCGGGGGUACUGGAGCUGCCAGGACUGGCGGUACUGCUGGAGCUGGAGGUGCUAGUUCUGGGGGUGCUGAGUCUCCUGGCGGUCCUCCUGGUGCUGCGUUGCAGCGGCCGCCUCUCUCGCAACAGUAGCUACGCAAGUGGUGCGCUCAGCGCUACUGCCGUCGAGGUGUUGCGACUGGGGGUACUAGGGUUGCACGCCCAGCAGCUGGUGCUGUUGCCUUUGGAGUUGGAGACCCUGGAGCUGGAGGUGCCGGUUCUGGAGGUGCUGCUGCUGGAGGUACUGAGGCUGGAGACCCUGGAGCUGGAGGUGCCAGUCCCGGGGGUGCUGCGACUGGAGGUACUGAGGCGGGAGACCUUGGAGAUCGAGGUUCUGGCGCAGCUGGUGAUGCUGGAGCUGGAGGUUCUGCGGCUGCUGGAGGCGCUGGAGCUGGCGGUUCUGGAGUUGCUCGAGGCACUGGAGCUGGAGGUUCCGGAGCUACUAGAGGCACUGGAGCUGGAGGCUCUAGAGUUGCUGGAGUCACUGGAGCUGGCAGUUCUGGAGCUGCUAGAGGCACUAGAGCUGGCUGUUCUGAAGCUGCUGGAGGCGUUGGAGCUGGAGGUUCUGGAGCUGCUGGAGGUGCUGGAGCUACUGGUGCUGGUGGCACUGCACAGCCGCGACUGUUUUUCGCUCCGCCGUCACCGUCGUCUCUGCCACCACCUGACUCCGUGCUUCGCCAGGUUCUUAGCCUCCCGUCUUCUACUGGUCUUUCGUUACAGCCUGGCUCACCACUGCCUGCUCCUUCUCCUUACACUGUGCAGACAGGAGUCGUACUGGUCGUCGUGUUCCUCGUCCGCGUCCGCCGGCUGUCCCCGGCACGCACCUCAUGGCCCUUCGUCCUUCCUCUGCUCCACAGCGUGUUCCCCUGCCGUCCCCUCCUGCGUCUUCUCUGCCUGA